GUAAGCUCGAUCGAAGGAUCUUGCCAGGUGCCCGUCUUCGCCCCAGCAUUACCAUCCGAUUCCUAACGUCGCUCAGCCUUCUGGAUCCUCUACUUCAUGUGCUCUGCCAUCCGCUCCAACAUCGGUCUGGCGCAGACUAUGAACAUAGCCCAAGGCCAUGAUCUUGCCUCAGAGCUCAAUCUAACCCCAAAGCAAGUGUCGACUGGUCUGGCCUUGUUCUAUGUCUGCUACGUAAUUUUCGAUAUGCCCAGCAACUUGCUCAUGUCCAAACUGAGUCCGCAUGUAUGGAUGAGUAGGAUUGUCACAGGAGUGGGCAUCAUUGGCAUUGGUCUGACGGGCAUGAAAGCUGCGUGGAGCUUCUACCUCCUCCGACUCUUGCUUGGUAUAGUUAUCGCAGGCAUGUGGCCUGGCAUGUCGUACUACCUCACCCUCUUCUACCCGCCUUCAAGGACUGGUAAGCGAAUUGGCCGCUACUUCACUGCAUCUCAAGUUUCUGCUGCCGUUGUCGGUCUUGUUUCAGCUGGUUUCCAGAAGAUGGACGGCUUGGGCGGCCUCGUAGGGUUCCAAUGGAUGUUCCUUCUCUAUGGCAUCGUGGGGACUCUCGUAGGCAUCUCUCUCCUAUGGUGGCUUCCGGAUCGGCCUCUGGCUCCUGGCGAAGUUCGCGAGAAAUCAUCCUGGCGCAGAUUCAUCCCUGACAGUGCACCCGCACUGACUGGCGAGGAUGCCCGGAUUCACUACGAAGAUCUAACUCGUGUGUACCGUCGCAAGGUGUGGACGAUGAAGGACCUCUGGCACGUUGUCAUCGACUGGCGUUUGUGGCCGUUGGUUGUUAUGUACUUCGGUGUCGUUGGUGUCGGUAUCGGCACUCAGGCCUAUGCUUCAGUCAUCAUCCGCGGCAUCAAUCCUGAUCUCUCAGGCAUUAACCUCUCGUUGUUGACCGCUCCUAUCUGGAUCAUGGAUCUUAUCGCUAUUCUCAUCUUCACCCCACUAUCCGACCGAUUCCACCACCACCGCGCCGCUUUCUUCUCCUUCGCAGUCCUUAUCCAGAUUGGUGGUCUUCUCAUGACUACCUUCGGAGGUGGCGCGAAAUCUUGGACUCGCUACGGCGGUCUCCUUCUCGUAUGUAUCUCACCCAGUACUUUCUUACAGCAAUCCGUUAACCACCACGAUCAGGUCGGCUUCGGGUUGGGCCCCACAGUGCCUAUUUGCAUGACAUGGACGAACGAAAUCUUCCAGCCCCGCCACGGCGAAGUCGGUGUCGCCGCAGCGUCCGCACUCGUCUCCGGACUGGGCAACCUCGGCUCCAUCCUCACUACCUAUGCGCUAUACACUGGAUGGCCCGAAGAUGCAGUUGGCCCGCACAAGUACCGCAAAAGUAACCUUGUCAUGAUUGGAAUACUUUGCGGUAGUAUCCUCGCUGCUGGGACGAUGGUGGUGUUGCUGAGAGUGUUUGGGGACGGUAUGUCCAGAGACGGCAACGGUGGUGAAUUUGUGGACGGGGCGGCGCGCAGGGAGAUACAGCAGAGGGGAUUCAGGAGGAUCUUGCCUUUCAAGCGGUAGAGUGCCGUGCGGAACAUCGCGGAGGCUGUCGAGAGUGUUACAUGGAAAAGGACAUUCGAUGUACGAGAGG